AUCAAAGAUGCAUGCCACGAAGAAUGGCUUAAGGAACCGCGAAGAGAAAGGGUCACAGCUGUUUACUUGUCAGUAGAACACCGGUUCUCUUUAUGUGAGGACGUCCUUCGUUUACUCUCAUUUUUUUUUCUUAUCAUCCGCAAAGAGCUUCCAUUGAUUUAGUUUUACACCUCGAAAAAGCCAUACUCUGAUUGGUCAAAAUAAGUGUCCCGGGGAAAGAAGAUGGCCGCCCCCCAGGCGUCAUCGAGUCGACUCGAAAUGCUUCAGGCUCGCUUUCAGCAGAAGCAACUGCAAGAGAAGGAGCAGAAAUUGCUGCAGCUUUAUGAUCAACAACAACAAAGAGCUUAUCAAGUUGCACAGAGAGGCAGCGCUGGUUCAAAUACUUCGAAUCAGGGCUCCAAUAUGAAUCAUCAAACUGUCACCAAAACCACCACCACAACACGUACAACCUCCACAACUCAAGGUGGCAAGGUGAGACAAAUGUUUGACGAACGUCGACAGACAACAGUAAAGGGAAUCGACAGGAGUUAUCCUCUUGAACCUCUCGACAAUAAUAAAUCAAAAAAACAAACAACCAAUGGUUUAACAACGGGAAAAAAUCGUAAUUUUUCCAAACACACAAUUACCACUGUUAAAAGAACAGCGCGCGCUGAUGUCAAUAGCAAUGUAAAUAAUGGAAAACCAGUUGUCACCUAUCAUGAAGAAUUUAAUCAUGAAAAUUUUGGCGACGAUGAAUUUAUUAAUGAGAACGAUGUUGGACGUUAUCUCAACGAAAAUGGCCAAAAUCGACACGAACUACUCGACGACGACGACGAGGAAGGAAAUCGAACGACGGGAAAAAUUCAUCAUUUUGAUUAUGAUAAAAAUUUUCAUCAUCGAGUUGUCAAUGAUCUUGAAAGUGAACAAUUCCCCGAAGAUUUAAUGAUGGAAGUACCUGAUAAGGUGGGGAAAAAAUCACUAACAAAAAAACUUUCACAAGCUGAACUUAGAUUGGAACGUUUUAAAAAUUCAUCAUCGAAAAAAAAUUUGGGUUCCAAAUCAAUUACAAAAAAAACAACGAGAAAUGCAAGAAGUCCAAGUCCAGAAUUUGACGAGAGAAAACAAGUGGAAAAUUCAAAAACAAGGAGAAAUUUUUCUGGUACACCUUCAAAAAGUCCCGACAGUGAUUUUAGGCGAGGUUCCGUGGAUAUAAAAACCACAAGACGUCCAGUUGUUCAUUCGCCGAAAAAGGAAAAAUUCCAUUCAACGAAAGACGAGGUGGACUCGCCAAAUUUGGAAAAUUCGCCAAUUAACGUGGAAGCAAAAAACGAAACUCAAUUGUCAAAUGUGAAGAAAAUUUGCGAAAAUUUUGUCGUCGAUUUCAAUGACACGGAAAUGAGAAAAGUUGCAAAAAAACCAAUUCUUCGAAAUGAGAAACAAGUAACAACACAGAAAGAAAGUUCUCCAAAUCCUGUGCCUCGACCAUCUUCUUCUCUAUCUGCUUCCAGUGGAGGAUCAACAAAAGAAAAAAUGAAUUCUCGACAUAAAUCAUCAACCUCAAGAGGAUCAACACCAAGAAGCUCAGCAAGCAUGAGCAGCAAGCCAGACUACGUCGAUAAUUUGGUAAUGUGCAAAAAUUGUACCCGUCGUUUUACAACUGAUAGAAUUGAUCUUCAUGAGAAAAUAUGCGCACAAUCUGGACAAAAGAAGCGAAAACAAUUUGAUGCAAUGAAAUUUCGCCUCCAGGGAACGGAUUUGGAGCCUUUCGCUAAAGUGGGCGUUAAAAAACAAGAGAAUAAAAAUAAAAAACCAACAGUAAAAUCAAAUUGGAGAAAAACGCACGAGGAUUUUAUUAAUACAAUUAGAUCGGCUAAACAGGUGCAGGCACACUUGGCGGCCGGAGGAAAAUUAAGUGAUUUACCACCACCACCACCAAGUGAUACAAGCGAUUAUAUUCAAUGUCCUCAUUGCGGAAGGAAAUUUAAUGAGGCAGCGGCUGAACGUCACAUUCCAAAAUGUGAAAAUAUGAGACACAAUAAACCGAAUCCACGCGCUCCACCUAGACCUAGACGCUAAAUUUAUUUUUCCUUUUUUUUUUUUAUUCAUUAUUAUUAUUACAUAAAAUUGUUAACCCUCUUGCCUUUUUGAAAAUAAUUUUUCAAUUUUAUAAAAAAAAAAUUUUACUUCAA